CUAAAGUGAAUUUGUUUUGAAUGCGAAACUGAGGCAGGAUGUAAAUGUUCUACGUUUUGUUUGUUAUUUAUCACUCACAGUCAAGUCUAAUGAAACGACAAGAUGGAAAGCAAGUGUUUGGAGAAAAAUGACGAAGAACAGCUCUUCGAACUUGUUGAGGAACUCUCUACUAGUGGGGAGGCAAAACUUAGCGAGAAGUCUCUCAAAUCUUUGAAAAGGAUUUGCAAGAAAUCUGAUUCCAACAUAAAGUUGGUGUAUCGCAUUAUACUUUCUCAAAUGGAAAAGGAGCACUCUGAAAUCCGAUUCUCUUGUUUUCAAAUAUUAGAUGAACUGUUCAGUAGGUCACACGUAUUUAGACAGCUUGUUUUCGAAGACUUCCAGCAGAUAAUGGAGCUUUGCCUUGAAACAAGCGAUGAGAAAAAAUUACCACCCCCGCUUAGCACUGCCAAGAAGCUGAAAUUAUUUGCCUUGUCUAGGAUUGAUAGUUGGAACGAAAAGUACGGAAAACAUUACAAGAAGCUAGAGCUUGCCUACGACUAUUUAAAGAACGUUAAAAGGGUAGAUUUUGCUGGAAUGAGAUCAAGGACAUCCUUAGAACGAAACAGAGAAGAAGAGUUGGAAAGAAGGCGCAGAGAAAUUGAACAAAGAUCAUUGGAGACUGUAAGAAAAGAGAUGGAAGAUAUGUGUACAGAAAUUGAGUCAUCAGUGUUACAAGGAAAUAACUGUUUAAGUUUAAUUUUGCCAAGACCUUGUGAUUUAUAUGGAACAGAGGAUGGGGAGCAAGGAACUAGCUUUUUGCAUGACAGUAAUUCCCAUGAUGAUAAUGGGUCACAAGAAGAUGUAGCAGCAGAGACUUUAGAUGAUAGCACAGAUACUUGUAGCUAUCAUGGAAUAUCUGGGAAAAACUACAGUUUGACAAUAACUAUACCUUUAGGAAAAACUGUAAUCAAUGAGACACAGGAUAAUGCAGAUUUAUUGAAGUCUCUUCAAGAUAUUGUCAAUGAAACAGAGAGCAGAUAUUUACCUCAUCUUAACAAAUGGAUCAACAUAUUGACAAAGUGUAAUAAUGGUAGUAACCAGAUACAAAGGUGCAUUGACUUGAAAAACAAACUUCAGGAUUUGCUUGAUAAGCACAAAGAUCUUGAAAUUAUUCACAAGAAACAGGAUACAGAAAGUGAUAACUUUGGCAUUAAUGACAGUGACAAUGAUGAAGAAUUUUUAGAUGUUCCAGAGUCUGAAACUUUCAUUGUAGCAAAUGAAGAAGGGAUCUUGGCUACAAGCCAGGAAGAGGAAGGUAAAUCAUGGACAACAGAAAAAUUAGAACCACACUCUUCUAGAAACAAAUCAGAAUUACCAGUGUCAUCAGAAAAGGAAGCAAAGGCAAAGGAGCUCCUUAAGAAAGCACCUGUUAUUCCUUUUGAUAAUGACUUGAGGUACUGGAGCUCUAAAAAGUUGCACAUCACACCAAUAACCAAAAAUGACUCUUUGCAUAAAUUUUGGUGUAAUGGAGAGCACAAUGAAGAGUUUGUUCCAGCAGGGCUUGAGGAGUCACUAAGGAGCCGUGCCAUGAUAUUCGCAGGUACAUUUGAGAAGGUUAAAUGGAAGUGCAGAGCACCAAUGCCAAAUGGAAAACUGUGUGAGAGGCAAGACAGGGUGAAAUGUCCCUUUCAUGGGAAGAUUAUACCAAGAAAUGAUGUUGGUGAGCCAACAAACCCUGAAGACCAGACAAUUGAGGCAGAGAAAAAGCGAAAAAGAGACCAAGAAGAAGCUGAUGAGAUACGUAAGGAUGUUGCAAUGGCAAUUGGCACUAACCUGGGAGCAGGGCCGAAACAACGAAAAGGAAAGACUAGUGAAAGUAAGCUUAGGUAUACAAGGCUGACUGAUAUAAAAAAGAUCGAUAAUUCUUGUAGAAAGCGUCUAGAGAAGAAGGUUUUAAGUGCUGGAGCACUGCGAAGAGUAGAAGAAGCAACAAGUACUGUUACCAAAAGGAGAAAUCUGGAAAAGUUUGGCUCAAAUUUUAAUUAUCAUUAUGAGUGAUAAACUCGUUUAGUUAGCAUCUAGUUUUUUGGUUUUCCAAGGUGAAUUUUUAAAUAAAAUGAAAUUAAAUUAUUCAAAUGUAAUAAAAAACAAAAUUUAAGAAAUAAAUUACGAGGUUUUUAUGCUUUAUAUUAUAUGUUUUAUAUCAGCGAUAUCGUCAGUGGCGUAGCUAGCGGUCAUGCUUGUCAUGCCGGGCAUGACCAUCUAUUUUCAGAGUUAACAUUUUUCAAAAAAUUAUAUUUUCGUAAGAAUAAAGUCCUAUUCUCCUGAUGAAAUAGCUCAGGCCAUUCGCCUUUGGAGCCCUAUGGUUCCACCCAAGAAUAUGGAGCCCUCCGAAGGCGCUCUUCUAUUGUCGGGCAUGACUAAAACAGAGGGUUUCCAAUUUAGUCAUGCCCAUAACUAUGAGCAUGACCAAACCCUGUGUUUUAGUCAUGCCCAUAACGCUGGUUCCCUAUGUUUGGUCAUGCCUAACAAUAGGAGUGACGCAGGAGAGAACAAAGGCUAGUCAUGCCAUUUCGAGAAGGCAUGACCAUCAUUAUAAUCAUCAGAACCGUCCUGUGUUAUUUCGUGAACGCGAAUGCGAGGCAUCGAUGGCGGCGCUGCUAUGCCUAGAUCCACGAGCUGGGAGUUAAUUCUCUGUAAGUAAAAUGCAAACAAAAGCUUAUUGCCAAGCAGCCACGACUCAUGUUAAUCUCCAGAACAUUUUAUGGCAACGACAGGGUUUUUCAGCCUUAAUGGUGUUGCACUAUGUGGAGAAGUGACAGGCACGAAAGACCAUUUUGGACAUAAAAUCAGCGAGCAGGAUCAUUUUAUGCAACCAAACCAAACUCUCAGCCUUUUCAGUAAUCAAUUGUUACUAGUUGAACAUUUGCAGAGAAUCUUCUUGAUUUAGUGAAUGCCAAAUCUUGAUGCUGUUCACUGGAGAUGGAUGGAGGAGAUAACAGUGUUAUUUUCCAAACCAACAGAUUUGAGAGCUUAAACUUUCCAGACAUUUAGCAGCAUAUUCAGAAACUGUUAAGCCCUUUAAAAGCAUUGUUUCCAUAUUAUGAUUAGGACAAUAAGAUUGUAGUUAAUGGAUAGGGAAUGCCAGAACUUGCUUAAAGUUAUUCUUCAAUUUUUUGUUUAUUAUCACAUGCAAUAACACUGUUUUUACACACAAUUAAAGUCAAACUCAAAGCUCUACUGACUUCACUUUUAGUUGAAAGUACUUUUUACUACUUAUAGCUGUUGAAAUAAAAUGACCAGAGACAAGUCAAGCGUGUUACUGAUCUUGUUAGUUAAACAGUUUUAUUUCACUAUUACAACUUUUGAUGUAUUUGAAAAUUUACAAGAUCAAAUUAUUCAUUUACAACCCUUGUUUGCUAGAUUUAGUAAGGACAAUCCAAUCAUGUGGAUAUUUACCACAAGUAUAUGUGGAAACAUCAAUGUUUUUGUUAAGCUAAACUUAUUUUGCAAGGUAUUUUUCUAUUGAGUCUAACUUUGCAGAAAACAUUUUGCAACUAGGCCUAUCCAUUAUUUUAGCUUCCUAUAUUUCAUAUCAAUAUUUACAUUGGAUAUUCAUUUGCCAAUUUGUUUUAUUCAUCUAUCAAUUCUAUUGGGGUUGUUAGUUAAUCGUGAUGGCUUUAAAAUACCUUCAACAGAUUGAUAAUAAGACUAUUUGUGGAAAAGAUGACCAAAAAGCUCCCAUUCAGUUUCAUGUGAUUUAUUGUUUCAUAUACAAAUUUUAGCUUAUCUCUAAAAUUUACAAAUGUAUUUCAGCCUGCAAAUUGAAAGAGAUUAGGAGAACAAAACAAUUUUUAAUUUAAGCUAAGUUUAUCUACUAUACUAAACUAAUGUUUUUUUAAUGUCUUUUGUACAGUUCUGUUUGGAAAUUGUCAGAACUCUGUCUGUAUAAAUUACCAACAAUCCAAAACAGUGUCACAGCUAUAAGAUAAAGGUAAUUUCAUAGUGUAACAAGAUGAUUGCUAUGAAAUAAGGAAAGCUCAUUCCAAAAGUUAAUCACAAUUUUUUUAUAAGUCACAAGCCUUAAAAUUAAAAUUUCCAAAAGGAAUUCAUCAACUAAAAAAUUGGGCGUGGUAAAAUUUGGCGACACCCAUAUUUUUUCAAAUUUGAGGGGAGGGCAUGACCACUGCUAUUUGGCUAUCUACGCCACUGGAUAUCGUAUAUCUAAAACAGUCAACUAUCGCAUAUAUGUAUUAUACAUUGCUUCAAAAGUUUUCUGUAAGUCAUUUAAUAUGCGCUUUUAAUUUCCAAAGCUAAAUGUUUUUCGGAUAAAGAUGGAGAGUUAAAAGCAAUUCACAAAUGUAACAGCGAUAGGAGAGGACAAGAGGACAAGAAAGAGCAUUUAGACCUUGAAAAGGCAGGCAGAACAAAGUCAGCAUAAUAAUCAUUUCGUUGAAUUUACAGCCAAAAUUGCGUUAUGUUUUAUGGUAGGAAAAUGCUAGUUGUGCAAGCCAGCUUAAUGUGGGAAUAACCUUUAAUGAGAUACGUUGAAAUAAUUAAACGCAUAUCCUUAUUUUUAUUGUAUGUUAUUUGGUACAUCAAUGUGAAUAAUGUGAUGAUUAUGCUGUCAACUUCAUGAAUUUUAUGAACUUUAUUGCACUAAAGGACUUUUUUCUCUCAGCUUUUCUUGUUGAUGGUCAACAAAAUAGAAUUGAAGCGAGGAAGACGAAUGUUUCAAGCGAAUUUCCUCGCAUUCCACAUUUAUUUAUCACCUUUUCUUUAAAAGUAUUUACCGUUAUUUAUAAUAAAUGAAAUUUUGUAAGCGACCGAAGCCUGUUAGCUAUUUCAAUUACGAGCUAGCAGACUACAACCCCUAGUUCAAUUAUCGGACACAAGUAGGACACAAGUAUUUUGGGUUACUGUAUGUUUCUGUUUGGAAGUGUCCGUCGUAUGAAGUUUACAAAGCGUUAACUGCGGCAGGGACUGCGCACUACUCUAAAAGUGGAGGGGCUGAAAUGGGUGCGACCGAAACUUUUUGAGGCCACGCCCUCUGGAACGCCAGAAAACGCCCCUUUUAGAAAAUGCUUGCUUAUUUCUAUUGAAUUUUUUAAAAAGAGUCUGGUUCAAAGAAGAUAUCAAGAACCAUAAAAAUAGAUAUAAUUAGCUCGAGGGUAAAAAAAACCAAGGUAACCAAGUUAGAAAAUACAUCGUAUCAUUAAACAAGAUAAAACACCUAGAAAAAGAACAAAAAUGGUUCCCAGUCAAUGAGAACUGCUACUGCAUAAACUAUCCAAAGUUGC